AUGAAAACAGACUUUUUGCACAAAGCUCAACAAUCUGUUGAUUCUUCUCUUUUUUUAGGUCGUUCUACUAUCAAUCUAAAUAUGGGUAAACCUGUAUGGAUUUAUGCAGAUUCUACAGUUCAAUAUCGAACUGGAAUCGAAGCGAUGUUACAAAAUGAAGAUUUGAAAGAAAAAAUUGGUGCUGUUUAUCAUAUUUCAUUUCCAGUUAUUGGACGUGCAUCAUUCGGCAUUUUUGGUAGUCUAUGGUCUGUUUUAAAUCGAGGCAUUGGACAAGUUCUUUAUCAGUCAACACCUUUGCCUACAACAGCGAGUAGUGUUCGUGGAUGGGCAUGGAUUUCAGCAAUCAUGAGUUGUAUUUCUAGUUUUGUCUCAAUGAUUGUCAAUAAUUCUGAUUAUACUCGGUUUGCCACUCGACCAUCAAUUAUAUUUUGGCCACAAAUGAUUACCAUUCCCUUAGGAUUUUCUAUAACUAGUUUUAUUGGUCUUAUCGUUGGAUCGUCAUCGAAAGUUAUCUAUGGUAAAGAAAUAUGGAAUUCAUUAGAACUAUUGAAUAUAUUUCUCGACAAUACGCCAUCAUCAGCUACACGUGCCGGUGUAUUUUCUAUUUCGCUUUCAUUCCGUCUAGCACAAUUAGGUGUAAACAUUGCUGCUAACAGUAUUUCUGUCGGAUGUGACUUAACAGCUAUUUGUCCGAAAUAUUUAAACAUGAGACGAUCUGGUUAUAUUUGUUCUAUUGUUGGCCUUUGUAUCUGUCCAUGGCAAUUACUUUCGAGUUCGUCAUCAUUUAUCUUCUACUUGUCAGCUUAUUCAACAUUUGUUAGUGCAAGUGCUGGUGUAAUGUUCGCCGAUUAUUAUUUUGUUCGACGUGAACAUUUGGAUAUGAACAAACUCUAUUCAGCUUCUUCAGAAGGAUUGUACUACUAUACGUUUGGUAUUAAUUGGCGGGCAUACAUUGCUUAUAUUGCUGGAAUAUUGAUUAAUGUUGUUGGUUUUGCUGGUGCAGUCGGUGCACAUGUUCCAUCAACUGUGACCAAAAUGACAUCCGUUUUAGGUAUUAUGGCUAAAUCAGUCCAUAAAACUCGUAUGCACACAGAAGAGAUCAAAAAUAAUAUUGCUCUUCUUCAAGUUGCAAUAGCUGAUAGUGAAUGA